AUGGACGCCUCCUCUGAUGUGCCGCAGCUGUGGGUGGCCCUGACGCCGGAGCAGUGGAACGCGCUGGACACCGGCGCGCUGCCGGACGAGAACUCGGGGCGCUUCGGGCUGCGGACCACUGCCGCGGAGGCACUCGAUCGGGCGCAGUUCUUUAUGGAUUGGACAAAGGAGGGGCCGAAGAACCAGUACCCACACAGUGUAUUUACAGUAUGCCAAGUGCACUUGACCACGCUGGGCUAUGUGAAGAAGAUGGAAGGCAAUGUGCUGCAGAAGAUGGACAAGCCUGGGGAGUACCGAUGGUGGGGCGCCUUGAAGAGGGAGGAGUCCGAUGAGCAGGGCCGGCUGCUCUUCAGAGUGUCCGAGAGCGCUGCGGAGAUCAUGUGA